AUGUCUUUCACCGGCGGCCGGCCUCGCGUCACGGUGAACGGAGUCCGACGAAUGAGAAGCUUCCAUUACUUCUGGUGUCAAAACUGCCAGCGCACUGUACGGAUUCCCUCAUCGAUCUCGAAUCAAGCCUUUUGCCCCUUUUGCUUCCACUCGCUACGCGUUGAGCUGGACGCAUCGAGGCAUAGGCUUGUCGCCGAGCUCGCCGGCCUGCAGCGCUCCUCAGCCGCCGAGCUGUUGGACUCCUUGGCUCGCCUGUUCGACCCACUUGAAUGGGUAUCUGAAAAUGGGCCGGGUCAACAGUCCUGGAUUACGCUCCGAUUGGCCGGGCCGCCUCGUCCGCCAACACCCAUUUCCCCGCCCGAGAGUGUAAGCGAUGCCGUGGUUGAUAACAUGCUGAAUGAUUUCAUAGAAGGGAUGGCGCCGCAGAAUGACCGCCGGAUAGGGCCGGCGCCGGCGCCGGCUCCGGUCAUUGAAGCGCUGCCGAGGGUGAAACUGACGCAAAUGCAUUUGGGUAACGACCCAUGUUGCGCCGUGUGCAAGGAGGAGUUUGAGGUUGGCGGGGAAGUGAGAGAGAUGCCGUGCAUGCAUUUCUAUCAUUCGGAUUGCAUUGUUCCUUGGCUGCGCAUCCACAACACUUGUCCCGUUUGCCGCUACGAGCUCCCGGCGAACCCUUCCGGCGACGAUCUUGAAGACGUGAUGGAUGGAGAUUUCGGCGUUGAAGACGUCAUAAACGGACUGCGGUGGUGGUGCAGUCAGCUGUUGUCUCUGUGGCCUUUCCGUGCACUCUCAGAUUGGACACACCGCCGCCAUGAUAUCGGAGACACUACUCACGGGGGUAACAUUUGA